AUGCUCGCUGGCAAUGCCACUGGAUUAGCCUGCCUCCCCACCGAACUUCUUCUCGAAAUCAUCUCUCGGUUCCCUUCACCGCCUCUGAAAGCCUCAAUGUUCUACUGUCUGACCGUCGGCGGUAAGGAGCUGACUGAAAGAUCUGCAGCGCUCGUUUCUCUGUCUCAGACGUGCAAGGCUUACAGACAGAUAUUUUUACCGAUGGUUUGGGAGAAACUUGAGGCAUUCCAAUGUACCGAUCCCAACAUCGAAGUGCGCCCUGAGCUCCCUGAGUGGCAACAGAAUGUGACCAGUGAAAUCGUCAGACAAUUACAAACCGUCACGAUCAAGGAUCCGGCGCUUGCUGAUCAUGUCCAAUCUGUAUCAUUCACACUGACAGAGUCUGCUCAAAAUCUAUAUCCUUGGAUUGCGAAAUCUCUGUCCAUGCUGCCACGCCUGACCACCGUACAGAUCUUUGGGCUCGAGUUUAAAGGAUCCGAAGAGGCUCUUCAAAGAGCCUUUGAAAACAUCCUCGUCCCUUCGGUUCAGACCCUUGCUAUCCCGAACAGCGCUCAUGUCAUUUUCUCAAGCUUCCCAAAUGUGUUGAAUGUC